AUGCUGAUUGUUUUGAGUUCUUUAUGGCCCAAUAAGGUCCCCUUUCAUAUCGAUGGAGGUCAGCCUUCCUACUUAAUCAUUGCUGGUUUGGUGUUUACCCCACUCUCAGAACCACUGAUAGAUGAGGAGUGUGAAGACUCUAUAGGAUUGAAACUCUUGGCAAAGGCACGCUACUCUUUGGCUAGGUUCAAAGGGGAACAGAUUGUGAUCUUAUCACAGGUCUUAGCAAAUGAAGUGAACAUAGGGUAUGAGGAUAUGAGCAAUCAGCAGGUUUUGAAGUUAAAUGGAACACAAAUAAGGAACAUUCAUCAUUUGGCGUACCUUGUAGAUUCAUGCAAGGACAAGUACUUAGUCUUUGAAUUUGAAGACAAUUAUAUAACAGUUUUGGAAAGGGAAGCAGCUACAGCUGCUUCUUCCUGCAUUCUCAAAGAUUAUGGGAUUCCGUCUGAAAGGUCUUCCGAUCUGUUGGAACCCUACGUGGAUUCACUUGGGGACAACCAAGCAGUCGAUCAGUACAUCGGCGACAGUCCGGUUUCAAAUUUGGAAAUUGGCUUUGAUGGAAUUAUUUGGGCAUAAAUUAUAAUUUGCUUAUAUCCCGGAGGAAUACAAAGUCAUCGGUAGAAAGAUGAUGGUUAUUGCAGGCCAA